UGGGAUUUUGUUUAUAGAUAAGAUAAAAGUAUAUAAUCGUACACGGUAUUUAUCUGGAUCAGUGUAAUACCGACAUGCGUGUUAUAUGGAUAAUCGGACUAUUAAUCGGCUCGGCUGUUGCCGAUACCGUCCUUCUUAAUAAUCUGUUUGACCAGUUGCUCCAAUCGGCGCGAUCUUUGAUCCAACAAGGCGGCAUGGACACGAUGAAGAUACCUGACAUGAAUAACGAUUGGAAAACAAGAUGGCACUUCAUCAAGGUCAGCGGGCAUCUCAGAUGUCGAGACGGAUGGGUCAAAUCCCUCAGUUCUCUACAAAGGACGGGCGAUGCGACUAUGACGACCAAUGGGGACACAGUGACCCUGAGGGUAUUACUAGGAUUCGGCAAUUUGGAGUUCGGCUUCGGAUCGUGCCAGGCCAAAGCUCACCGUAUAGGGUCCACUACGUCCAAGGUCAAUGCGAAAGUCGACUCCAAUUCCGUCGAACUCCAGGUAUCGCUCAAAGGCCAUGGUGCCCAGUGCGUCGCCUCCGUAGAUCACAUCGUCCUUAACCACCUUGGAAAAAUCAAGAUUCACACCGGCGGUGGACUCCUACACAAAAUCGAAGACAAAAUUUUAAACUGGGCAGCGAGCCACUUCCACGACAAAGCCGUCGGAUCUAUAAACGAGAAAUUGAGUGAUGUCGCCCGUCGCUCCAUUCCCAAAUUAGAUUUGUGCUCAAAAAUUCCCCACUGAUCAGGUAAUAAAUCCACAAAUUGUACGUGGGGUCUUAUAAGAUAUAUAUACACGCAAUAAAAUCUUUUUCAAAUUCGACUAUGA